UCUUCCCGCGCCACCCCGCGCCCCGACCUCCGACGUCCCAACCUCCGAAUCCGCCACAAUCCCAAAUGUAAUCCGUCGAGGUCCCCUCGCGAGUGUGUGUCAUGUUCAGCUUCGCCAGCAAGGUGCUCAACACUCUGAUCGGCGAUGAGGAGCAACAGCAGCAGCAGCAGCAGAGCGGGCUGGGGCCUUCCCCGAUGGGGCCCUACCGCCCGCCGCACCAGGGCCCGCCAGCGCCCGUGCGCCCCGGCCCGCCCUUCGGGGCCCCUUUCGGGGACCACGGCCCUGGCCAUGCUCCGGGGCCGCCCGCUCAGUUCCGCUACGGGGCCCCGCUCAUGCCCGCCCCCCAGCGGAUGUCCAGCGGCGCCAGCUUCGGGUCCUUCCAGCAGCAGCGGCCCCUCCGACCCCAACCGCCGGGUAUGCCCAUGGGCAUGGGGCCCCCGCCGACGAGCAGAUUCGGAACCCCAGCCCCGGAUGAACCAGAUCUUAGCCACCUAAGCGAAGAAGAGAGAGCACUUAUUCAGAAUGUUAUGGCCAAAGCGAAAGAAGUAGAGGGUGGAAAUCCACCCCCGCCAUCAAUGAUGCCCUCUCAACCACCCAUGAUGAGCUCCAACCCGAGGAUGUUCACUCCAGGCAUGCCCUCCGUACGGCCGGAACCUCUGCAGCAGCAAUACCAACACGAGCCGCAACGUGUUCACCAACAAGCGCCUCUCUAUCACGAUUCAAACGAUGAGCUCCGUCGAUCCAGAGACUACCAGCAAAACCUCGCCGAUCCGCACCACUUCAACAGUCAAAAGCCGCAGCAGCCGCAGAUGCAUCAUCCCCAAACGACACUGCACCACAGCCAGCCUCUCCAACCGCAGCCUCAGCCUUCGCUCCUCAACAAAGACUGGAGUGACAAGCCGUUCGAUAGGCCUACCUUAAGUAACCAAACGCAACAAUCCAAGAUGUACAGCGAGCAGCUCCAAGAUAGCAACAGUGCCCAGACUUCCAGUCAGCAAUACCCUUCGAAAACUUUCACCUCGACGUAUUCGUCGCAGCCAUCGCAGCAGGUGUCGCAGCCGUCGUGGAGUCAGCAGCCGGACUCUUUCUCGGAGCAACCGCCACGGGUCUCUUCAUAUCAGGACGAUUCGUCAAUGAAACUCACACCCUUAUCUUCGUCAGGAUUCUACUCGCAGCCUUCCUCAGCCUUAAAAACUCAGCUUACGUCAGACCUCUCUAAUUCAUCUCGGUUGAGCAAUAUGUCCUGGGAUUCUUCCAAAACUUCUCAGUCAACCGUUAAAUCAGAUAAAAAUUUUGAUUUAAUCAACGACCAUGAAUCUGAGUAUGAUAUGAAACCUCUACCAUCAACAUCAUCCGAGCAGUACAAACCUGACAAUGAUGUGAGUUCUUAUUUGGAAAACCGGUCCCAAAACUACUCGUCAGACAGUUCUCUGAAAGAUUCAAGUGGGUCGGUACCAACAUCGCAGUCAUACACGGUCAAAGAGUCGAAACCAUCAAUUUUAGAACCAGUCUACGAUCACAGUCCGGGCGAAGUUUAUACCAUCCCAGAAGAAGAGGAAGAAGUCACGAGUCCAAUAGCCAGUGAUUGUGUGACCAGUUUGCGCAAAACGAGGAUAUCAACAGGGUCACAGGUCACNUGGGAUUCUUCCAAAACUUCUCAGUCAACCGUUAAAUCAGAUAAAAAUUUUGAUUUAAUCAACGACCAUGAAUCUGAGUAUGAUAUGAAACCUCUACCAUCAACAUCAUCCGAGCAGUACAAACCUGACAGUGAUGUGAGUUCUUAUUUGGAAAACCGGUCCCAAAACUACUCGUCAGACAGUUCUCUGAAAGAUUCAAGUGGGUCGGUACCAACAUCGCAGUCAUACACGGUCAAAGAGUCGAAACCAUCAAUUUUAGAACCAGUCUACGAUCACAGUCCGGGCGAAGUUUAUACCAUCCCAGAAGAAGAGGAAGAAGUCACGAGUCCAAUAGCCAGUGAUUGUGUGACCAGUUUGCGCAAAACGAGGAUAUCAACAGGAAACUUCAGAAAAGAGGAUGGGAUCCAGCCUAGGUAUCAAGAUAAAUUUUCUUCCAGUUAUACGACACACUCACCCUUAUCAUCAUUAUCCUCGGACCACAGACCAACAUCUAGUUAUGCAGACCCUGCUGUCACCUCAACAACAACUACCAGUGGUUUCUCCAGUGCAAAUUCUCUUAGUGAAAUUUCACAACUAUCCAGUAGCCUAAAUAGCAGGACUGAAAAACUCAGGUCUUUAGAUUAUCAACCUACGUGGAGUAGCAGUCGAACAUCGGAAAAAUCAAGUAUCUUGGAUGCAGAUCGAUCCACUGAUUCUAGUGGUUAUCGAUCAAAAAUCGAUGCACAACCAAGCAAUCAUAUUGAUUCACAAAAGUCAUAUCUCCCUCACUCAUCGCCUCAACACAGUUACCAGUAUGACAAGCUAGAUCAAAGGGACUCUUUGAGCAUGAAAAAACCACCGGAAAACCAAAGCGACCUGCAGGGAUCUCAGUACGGCUACAAUCAGUCAACGCAGCAAUCCAAGCUGAGACAAUAUCAAAACAACGAGAUGGACUCGAACUUCCAGCAAAUGCCAAGUGAGAUGUCGCGUCAGCCUGCGGCUCGCUUGCAGCAAGAGCAAAGUCAAAUUCGCGAUAUGAAACUGCGAGAGCAAGAACAAAGGCUCACCUAUGAGCAGGAAACCCAACAGCAAUUGCAGAGGCAACAGCAGCAACAACAACAACAACAACAACAGCAACAGCUGCAGCAACGCCAAAUCCAGCAGCAACAGCAACAACAACAACACCAGCAACAACAGCAGUAUCAGCAACAAUUGCAGCAGCAACAAUUACAACAACAGCAACAUCAGUAUCAGCAGCAGCAGCAACAACAGCAUCAUCAACAGCAACUCCAGCAGCAGCAGCAGCAGCAACAACAACAGCAACAGCAUCAAAUGUACCAGCAACAGCUUCAGCAGCAACAAUAUCCAUAUCAGCAAGAAAUGCAAUCGAUGUCGCAGCAGCAAUCCUACCCACAACAAAGCAAAUAUCAUCAAAAUCAGCAACAGCAGCAGUACCAGCAGCAGCAGCCACACCAGCUGCAUCAGUCGUACCCGCUGAAUCAGCGAGAAUCAGAGCUGAUGCAGCAGCAGUGGCACGAGGGCGAUAGGACUAAGUACCUGCAGGACCACACAAAUCGGGAUCCGAUGGGGAGAAUGCCGAAUCAGGAUGGUUACAUCAAUGAGACGCAGUUUCCUCAGAAAGGUUAUGGAGAGACAGCCAAUUAUCUAAUGAACAAGCUCAAGUCCAGAUCGCCCGAGCAUCAAAGAAUCGGUGCUGAUGAUUCUUACAAAGCUGGAGUAAUGGGUCUCCGCCAACAGACCUCAGCUUCGCCGAAGAAGAUGCCCCUGAAACAGGAUUUGCAAACGCAACAACAAAUGGCCCAGAAUGACAAACAAACCUCAGGGACCAUCAGUGGAAUGAUUGCUGAUUUUAGUCGAGCGUUAGGGUUGGGCUCAUCCUCGCAACAAGCAGCAACGCAACCGAAUGGUAAGCCAACCGACAAUCGAAACGAGAUGUCAUAUCACGACGAACACUAUCCCAAAGACCCUUACGAGUUCGACAGCCCAGAGCAAAUGAUGCAUCCCUCAUACCGUGCAAACCAAAUUAAACAGACGGAAGCCCAGCUGAACGAAUUCUAUAGGUUGAAUGACGAGCAAAUGGCACAGAUGCCACCAAACCAGAUCGCAAGAAUGCAACAGCUAUUACUUGAACAGCAGCAACUUCAAAGGCAACAGAUACAACAUGAACAACAACAGCUUCAAAUGUUGUCAAAACAACAACAGCAGCAGCAACUUCAGCAAGCUGCCCAACAGCAGCAGCAGCAGUUGGAUCAGUCGUUUCUGUUGGCCAAUCAGAGCAGACUCACUCCGCAGCAGCAGAAAAUGUAUCAGCAACACAUGCAACAACAGCACUACGCAAAUCACAUGCGGAAAAUAAGCCGGACGCUGCCACCACAAUAUGCCAACGCAGUUCCACUUAAAAGCCUUCAGAAGAAAGAAAGUAAUGCAGCCUUGGCGAACGUAAAUCAGGCAAUCACAAUGCAAAGGCUGAACCAACAAGCACAAAUUUUAGGACAACAAGCUCUGUUGAAUAAUCAAAUUCUUUUAGCAAAUGCUGCUGCGGGCUUGGAUGGCUCCAAGUUAGCCCAAGUCAGACUGAGUGUGCCCGGGGGGCUAGUCACAGAUGGUGCUACGAUUGUCACUCCAAAUAUCACUCCGGUGGGAACGCCAAGAGGUCUUCGUGAUGCUGGAGGAGACUCUUCAGACACACUCAGUGAAACGGACUCUCAAAAAUCCUUGCGUUUGCGCCGCAAGCUGCCUUCUAUCCCUGCUGACCAAGAUAUCGUGUCGCUUCCUCUUCAUAGAAAUAAAGAAAAUCAAAAAUCGGCCAAGAAAGGCCAGAGUAGAAUUAGGUCCUUUUCUCCGUUACGUCAAUUUGAUGGUGGAGGCUACUUGGUUAGCGGAAGAAGUUCCAAUCUCAUAUCACAACGACCCAGUUGCAGUGAAACGAAUCUUCACAAAAGCUGUGCCGGCAUAGAUCCAACGCCAAGACCAGGGUCUGCGCUGGGUCUUCUACAAGCAUCUAGUGUCAUCAAUAGCACAGGCACAAAAGUAUCCUUUGAUUUUCCAAACCAGACUAGUGAGAUCGCAUCCUGUUUACCGCCGGAUUUGCGUCACUUGCUUGAUUCCUACAAGGACUAUUCUUAUAAACAGUCUUCUUCGUUAAAACCGAGGCAUUCAAGUCUAGACGCAGGAGAUAUCCAUGGCUCAUCAGAGAGUAGGCUACUCAGUGGAUUAUCCAGUGUGGAUUCCCAUUUAAAUCGAAUCUCCCUUCAAAAUUCUAAAAAUAGGUUAUCGGCUGUCAGAAGGAAAGCAGGACUUUCGGACUGGGGUGUCGCUCGGAAAUUGAAAUUUCACCGUAGACAACUUUCAGAUCCAAAAAUCUACCUAGACUAUGACUAUGAGAGAGAUAGCGAGCCUUUCCAGUCCAAAUACAGCAGGGCCUAUGGAAAGUAUAUGCAUCCAUCGCUGCGACCACCAUUCAAAUCUUAUGAGUACGAAUCUUUAGACGACGGGCUCAAGCGCUCUGAACUAGAUGUCUCUGACUAUGCGAUGGCUGGCGGAGCUUUGAGAGAAACGGCCAUCAACAGUGUUCUGGACAGUGAUCCAUAUUACUCUGACAGGUAUGACACGAGGCGAUACAGCGACUGCAUUGACUCUACUAGGCGUUUAAUGUCGGAAAAAAGUCAGAAGUCCCACUCUUGGCAACCCUCUCCAUAUGCCAGCGACGAAGAGGAGGACCAAUUCUCGCGUGAAGAAAGGAAGGCAAGGAUUAAAGCCGAAAUUGCGCGUCGUAGGCAGCAAAUAGAGGAGAACGCACGAUUGCAUGAAGAGCUCUUAAAACUAGCCCGUUUGAGAGAAAGUGUAGAGUUAGGUCACAAGUCGACGACAGGUUUGUCCAGCCUCAAAAGUAAUCAAGUCCUCAGCAGCGGUUACGCUAAUUCACAUAUCCUUGGCUCUGUCGAUGAUCUUCUUAUCACAAGUUCAAAACUCGAUAAAAAAUAUCUCAACCCGAGAAGAACAGCGGAAGAUAGAUCCAUGGACAGAAUAGCCUCAACUUUCCGAACUGAUGAUUACACGUCAAACGUCUAUGAAAGAUUGUUUGAUUUCUCUCCUCUCACUGAUUACACACCACACGCAAUGCCUCUUCUUCCAGAUAUGCCAACACGAUCUCGGAAACUUCUAGAGGACCUAGGCAGUUCUCCGUUCACAGAAUCAGUUUUGAAUAAUAUGCAAAAAAAUUCAUACUCACCCAGCUAAGUAGUUAACGAGUGAUUUUGUAACAUUGCCAAGUUGUUAUACUUUAUUAAUUCAUUUUGAUAUGUGUAAAUAUGUAUAUUUGUACAUUCAAACACUUUUAGGUAGUUUUAAUUUUUUUCCUUUGUUUUUAUAGAAACUUGUUCUUUUUGUUUAAGAUCUAAAGUGAGAUUUGUAGUAUUUACCAGGUGUUCCACUUGUUUUUAAAAAAACAGCUUAAAAUACUACACCAAUUUUCCCAAUUUUUAUCACUGAAAAUGUCAUUUUAAAGAAAUCGAGAUAAUUUUUAAAAUUGUCUAAUAUAAAUUGCCUAUUUCAUCAUUGAUAAUUGCCAUACAAAAAUUUUGCCAAGCUUGCGUCGUUUUUUUUUUUAUCAUUUGAUUGAUUAAGUACAGAGGUCUGUGUAAUUGUAAAAAAUAAGGCAUUGCCGAGGUCAGGAUACCUCGGAAGAAUGAAUUCUUGAGCUCAUGUACCAAUCUCCAGAGAAAUGUACGUAAAUUACUAAGUUAAGAAAGCAAUAACCCUUUCCUUGUGCAUCUUUGCUGUUAAUUUUUGAGGAUCAAUCAGGUAGCCUUAUUCAAUGACCAUGAACGCUACAGUCCAUUUUUUUUUCCCAAAAAUACAAUUUUUCAAUGAGUGAAUCAAAGAAUUUUUUGAAUCAUAAAAUAAGCAUAGCGCAAUGAAUUAAGUAAUAGCUCAUUCCAAGUAAUACGUUUUUCUCACUGGAGAAACUGGCCAAUCUUCAAUUGACAAUUUAAAGUGAUUUUGUUCCAUUGACCUUUUCUUUGUCAAUUAUUCAUUUGUAACUUCUUUUAAAAUGAGUGAAGCAAGUAUCGUGUUUCGGACUCGUUCAUUUUUUUUUGUUUACCAUUACACAUAGCACGCUCAGGAAGGACCACCAUUGAUUUAGGUGAUGAACUUUUUAAGAGAAGAUAAAGGAAUGUCCAGAAGUCCAACUUAGAUCUCUCAAAUUGGAAAUGUUCUAAAAGCGUUCGAAAACCAAAAUAAUUACAGGAUAAGGUUUUACUCCAAAAUAUUAGGGGGAAAAGAAACGUUAAAAACUUUAACUGAAGAGACUAAAAUUUCUCAGCUUUGCUUGAUUAUUCUUUGCGUGGCAAGUUUACACAGUCAUGAGAAUGAAAUUUUUAGAAAAUCCUAUCUUAAACCAGGAAUAAUUUUAAAAUAACAAAGGGCUCUUUGUUCAGAGCAAAUUGCACGAGAGCUGAUGAAUUUUUUCCCUGAAGCCUGCUGCCACUGAAAUUGACCUCCGGCUAAUUGAGAUUAUUUUCUCUGAACUUGUUACUCAAUUAUAUACUUAGACUUUUCCAGUUAAAUGCCUUUUGGAUACAAAACAGGUUACUGUGAGGAUCUACGAAAAGAAUUGCUCAGUUAACACAAGAACCAAAUGGCAUUUAUCAUCCACCAAUUUGCCAAAAAAUUCCCAAGGAUUUACCCUUAAAAUCUUGGCAGUGACAUAUCUUUAAGUCAAAGUUAUUGUACAAUAUUUAAGACCUUUAUUUUGUUUUCCAUGAGGAGCAAAUUCUAUGAUCUUACAAUUAGUCAAUCGCAAGACCAAAACCAUCAGCCACUCUAAUGCAAAAGAUUUUAUGAUUAGCUGUCUAGAUUUAGGCAGCUGUUUUCAACUGAAGUCUCACAACUUUUCAUGUAGAUCAACAAUUAAAGGCAACUAAUGGUAGAAA